AAACAUCACAAAACGAACCGGAUCUGUCAGCUGACCGCCAGCCAGACGCUAUGACACAUGACAACCGACCAUACAUUUCACGCUUCCUCUACGGCGGCGACGCUGCUGUCAGCGAGCGGCUCAACGUCGCCCCCUGCUGGACCAUGUGACUGUCGGUAGCAGAUGCCACAGACUUCAGCGCUGACCUGCUUAUUGUGAGGCUGCUACAGUACCUUUACGCGCGCGCCUGCCUGCGUUCUCUGGAAGUUCCGGUUCAAAUCUCUGAGAGAUGUUUUGGUUCCAGCAAGGACUGUGCUUCCUACCUGCCUUUCUGGUCAUCUCGUCCUCUUGCACUUUCAUUGUUCCAUAUCUGAUCGCGAUUUUCCGACGCGACGUCGAUGUUGUCUUCCCGUACAUUAGUGACGCCGGUGCCCGCCCUCCAGAGAGCUGCGUCUUCGGCCUGCUGACAUUCGUUUCUGCGUGUGCGGCCACAGUCACCAUCUACUCCAGAUACAAGUUUGUGGAGCAGCUAAAACAGCUGACAAGGCUGAGCCCACGUCUCAAUGAGUGUGGCCUGUGGUUUGGAAUGCUCUCCUGUUUGGGUAUGUGCAUGGUUGCAACGUUCCAGGAAACAGCGGUGACUAUAGUUCACGAUAUAGGAGCCCUGAUCUUCUUCGUCUCUGGUGUUAUAUACACAAUCCUCCAGACUGUGAUAUCAUAUCAGGCCUAUCCCUAUGGGUCGUCUCUAAGUGUGUGUCGGGCACGUUUGGCCGUCUGCAUCAUCGCUGCCCUAGCGUUCAUCCCGACUGUGGCAUGUGCGCAGUUUGUGAAGCAAACCGUUCUGCACAGACACACCAGAGACAAGGACUACGUUUUACAUUUAAUCAGCGCUGUGUUCGAGUGGAUUAACGCCUUCAGUUUCGUUUGCUUCUUCCUCACAUACAUCGAUGAUUUCAAAGUCUUUACUUUACAAGUGAAUGUGGAAUUUGCAGAGCAGAGUUGAUCUGCAUGUCUAAGCCAAACUUCACUACUAUCAGUAUUUAUAGGUUGAAGUGAGGCUUUUAUGUUUAUAGUGGGUUUUUACAUGAUUAUUUUCACGUACAACCAGACUGAAGCAAUUUUCACCUUGUUAUUUUUACAUUUAACUACAGUGUUUUAUACGAUCACAUACUGUAUGUCAUAAACCUACUUCACGCCAGCUGUGUUUACUCAAACACUCCAGUAUUGCCACACCAGCGAGACGUCCGGUCAAACUUGUGACCAGUAUUAGGAGAAGUUCAUCACACAGCAGACACAUGAUCCACCAUAUGAUGGUCAAUGGCCACACAUCGUUAAAGGAGAGGAUCACAUCAACUACUGAAGACUCGAUGCCUCGACUUUGGUGCCACUGGGCCCCACUCUUGGACGGGUCACGCCACAGACCGAGGCUCUAAGAAUUAGAUUUCCACUUAUUGAGCUGGAAUUGGCAGCAGAGCAGAAAGACACAGGCUACCUCUGGGACGAAUUCUGCAGGCUGAAGGAGUGACAUGGAUGCUGAUUAUUAAUGUUUUCACUACAGAUUGCCUACUUACUCCAAUGGGAGGUUAACUCCAUUUCCUUGUAUUUUUGCUGUACUGUAUAGAUUAACAAGCACUGCUGACCUGCACAAUAAAGAAGCACCUCCUAAUCAAACUG